AUGCGGAGAGGAAACUGGCACAUGAUCAGGCAGCGAAGGAUUGGUUGCAUAAGCUCAAAGACGCAGCCCACUGCAUUGAAGACAUACUGGACAAAUGGACUACGGGCAGAGAAAUAUCACAAGUUAGGAGAGAUGGGAGCCAUUCCCGGCGAAUUUAAAGAGGUGGGGAAUGAAGAACAGAAAGCCACCUACUUGCUCAACGAAACAAAGAUUUUCGGCAGGGAAGAGGAUAGAGAUGAAAUCAUAAAGUUCUUGAUAAGGGCAAGCGGGCCGGACUUUGCCACCAUUGCAAUAGUUGGUCCUGAGGGAAUGGGCAAGACCACUCUUGCAGGAUACAUCUAUAAUAAUGUGAGGGUCAAAACCCACUUCAAGAAGCGGAUGUGGGUUUCACUCUCCUCCAAUAUCCAGGUGAACCGUCUUGCUGAAAAUAUUAUAGCCGCUGCUGAUGAAACUUACAAUAGGCCUUCUGACCCAUUACACUGUCUUCAUGAUGCCAUGAGGGGUAAAAGGUUUUUACUCAUCCUGGACAAUGUUUGGAAUGAACAUAUUGUGAGAUGGGAUCUGCUGAAGGCCACGCUUGAAGGCGGAGCAUCUGGAAGUAGGGUUGUGGUCACAACUCGUGACCAAAACGCAGCGGUAAUAACAAGCACAGACCACCCUUAUACUCUUAGCUCGUUAUCUGACGAAGCUUGUUUGUCUAUAUUUAGCUCCAAAGCUUUCCAUGGUAGGAGCGAGACUAGUGAGCUUUCCACGUUGAAAACUAUUGGGAAGGAGAUCGUCAAGAAGUGCAAAGGCAAUCCUCUUGCCGCGGAGGCUGUUGGAAACGUCAUGCUUUUCAAGAGGACGGAGGAAGAAUGGUUGUCCGUCCUGCAAGGAGAAAUACUAGAUGUACCAGAUAUUACCAAAGCUGAUAUAUUAAGCUAUGACAAUUAUCCCUCCCAUCUGAAGCCCUGCUUCGCGUAUUUCUCUUUAUUUCCUAAAGGUCAUACGCUAAGUAGGGAUGUAUUAAUAAAGCUGUGGAUGGCCCAAAACUUCUUUAUACCUCGGAGUGGAAAAGAGGAAGAGGAAAUCGGUAGGGAUUAUUUCAACGAAUUACUGCGGCAUUCAUUAUUUAGAGAGAUCAAGAAGGACAGUGACGGCCGUGUAAUUCAAUGUAUAAUGCAUGACCUCCCUCACAUGCUCGCCCAAUUCGUUGCCAAGGGUGAAUUUUGCACCACAGAGAUUGAAAGAUUCGACUCUGGCUUGUUCCAGGGCCGUCAUUUAUCACUAAUUGUUAACAAUAACAAUGUCGCGUCGCCUACUCCUAUCCGGUUUCCCAAACCUGGAAAUGUGCGCACGCUCCUAGUGUUCUCGCAAGCAGGGGUGGAAGUCGAGCUACAGCUUUCCCAUCUAAUCAAUCCCUUGAUCCAUCUAAGGGCACUGGAUCUGAGUGGAACUUCAAUUAAGUGGUUGCCAAAUUCCAUUGAGAAUCUAAAACUUCUAAGGUAUCUCAAUCUUUCCGGGUCAUGCAUUGAAGAGGUGCCUAAAUCUGUUACUAGUCUCCGUAAUUUGCAGACUCUGAAUCUCAACAGGUGCCAAAGACUUCAUAAACUUUCCAAAGGGAUUAGUAAAAUGGUUAGUCUGAGGCAUCUUGAAAUUGAAGAGACUGACAAGCUUGUGUACCUGCCGAAAGGAAUAGGGCAACUUAGCUCCCUCUGGACGUUAUCCAAGUUCACGGUUGAUGAAAUGGGCAAAGGGUGUAAGAUGGGAGAGCUGAGCAACCUUAACCUCCUCCGCGGAAACCUGGAGAUGAGAAAUCUGGGGAAGGUGGAGAGGAGGGAAGACGCUGAGAGUGCGGAACUGAAGAACAAACAAUUCCUUCGUAGUCUGUUAUUGGAUUUUGAGAGCAAUGCAAAGGAGGAGGACGGGACAAUGUUGGAAAACGGUGAGAUGAAGAAGAUGGAGAGCGUGCUCAUGGGUCUUGGACCACCCCAUGCAAAUCUAAAGGAGCUCAAAAUAUGCAACUAUAUGGGCUCUGUUCUCCCAAGCUGGAUGGAAGAUUCGCCCUUCUCCAGUCUAGUCCAGUUGAACCUACAUUCAUGCAGGAAAUUCAAGCAACUUCCUGCUCUUGGGAAGCUGCCGUCUCUUAAAAUCUUGAAGAUUCAGGGCAAUGAAGGAUUGGAAGUGGUGGGCCACGAGUUCUACGGUGGCAGUAACACUGCAUUUCCAAGUCUUAAGGAACUUUCUUUCAUUUCCUUGACUAAUUGGGAGGAGUGGAACCUUGGGGUAGAAGAUGGAACAACGAAAAAAGUUAUGCCGUCUCUACAAGAGCUGUACAUCCAAGAUUGUCCAAAGCUGGAGGGGUUGCUGGGCCACCCCCCAGACAGCCUCUAG